CUGUUGUGUUGUGAAAAGUCACGGGCUACGGCAAUAUCGUGGUGAGCCCGAUCUUUUAGCAAGCAGCCACUAAUGGCUGCGAUGACAACUUCCAAGAAGCGCAAGCGCGAGUUAGACGACACUCAAAGGGUGUCCUUUGCGCUCUCAGACCAACCUGCAACGCAGCUGGGUCCUGUGCUUGCUAAUUUCCCCUCCGUCAAGCCUACAAAAUCCACUUCUUUCAAAUGUUACAAGGCACAAACACAAAAGCCGGCGACAGACAAUGAGGAAUUGCCAUUUGUUGAGAUCCCGAUGUUGAUUGCGGGCGAGACAGAAGCCGUGGAUUUUUACUCCUCUGAAGAAACACGACGGGGUUCACUGGGCAGCAGAUACCUUGUCGGAAUUCAUAAUAGACGCACUGGCAUCACCACCCUUCGAGCUGCUCCGUUGCACAUCCUCACACACGAAGUUAAAGCUCUAAAGGGUCUUCAACCUGCUGCUGUCUCUGCUCUUCAGCGGCUUGAGGCUCGCGCGGCACUUGGCGAAACGUUCGGAACCAAAAAGGCGAAACUAGCCAUCCGCGCGCAAGAGCGCAACAAAGUCGAUGUUUCUGCAAUGGAGGGUGUUGCAGAUCACCUCCAAGAGAGCAUUCUUAAGAACACAUCUACACUACCAUCGAAAGAGGAAGCAAAAGCGAACGCGGACAGCACUCGUUUAGUUCCACAGUACGACAUUGAUGCUCUCAAUCCAAGCGACAUUUAUCCCCUGCACAACAUGAUUCCCAAGCCUGAAUGGAAGGCACUGUCUAUUUCUGCUUACAUGAGUGCAGGCGGUGGAGCUGAGCGGGUCGCUCUUCUGCCUUUCAAGCGUUCCAACUGGAUCAAUGACCAUUUGGCACUUGCAUUUACCUCUCCCUCACCAAACAAGACCACUAUAAAAAUGCUGAUAUACAUCUCGACAAUGAUCGCCUUCCACAAAGCUACCUUUAAGGAUAUCAACAAGGACGCCAUUCAACAAAAAUUGUCGAUGGUUCCUAGCGUCGUUAUUGAUGGGCUUCUAUCACGGUUCACAGAGACCGCACGUGGGUCCAUGGAGGCACGAAAGACAUCUGAAAAAGGGACUAUGCUUCUGACGCACAUGUUUGCAUUAUGCCUUCACGUCGAUGAUUUUGCGACCGACACAAGCGUUCUCGCUGCUGAUUUGAGCACGGAACCGACAAAAGUCAACAUGUUAUUCAAGUCUCUAGGUUGCAAAAUCAACAAGCUAACACAGUCCGACUUGAAGCGUUUGGGUCUGCCCGACUCUGCGGGAGAGAUCAAAAGGGCCAUUCUAAAGACACCUCUAGAGUUCCCGAACCUCCGGAUAAGACGGCGGACGUAAAAUCUGAGUGCCUUUACCCGAGGUCAUUACACUAGAGUGCCUGAUCCUUGCUUUCUUCCACGGAGUCGAGGAGAUAUUCACUAGGCCUGGCAGGUGUUGAAACAAUCGUGUCCAAGUAACGAAGACUGGUGCCUAGUUAAGUCUACCUCACGGCGUCUAGUACUUAGUACUUGGUAUUUUAACAGCACGAAAGCACGUGACCUCGCUGAUAAAUCUGUAGACUUCGGGUACUAUUGUGUCAUACUGUCUCCUAUUCACCUGAUUCUGGCGGUUAUUUGUACAUACUGUAUAGAAGACCAACAGCAUUCAUAA